GGGUUUCACUAUGGAAUAAGAGUCUCAGUCCAAUGUCUGAGAGACAUCGGCCUCAUACGAGAUGAUUAGGGAAGUUUGCCAGCAAAUCAACACUGCUAAAGGGGCAGAUAUUGCUCAAGUAUCACUGCAAUUCAAUGUACCGUGCUUCUUAGUGCACUAGCUGAUGUAAGUGCGCGCCGUGGUGUUGAUUUAUGGUGGGAGAUAAGACGUAGAACGUGAUACCCCGCCAUUGAUCCAUUACAUCACGCAAGCAGGAACCGGACUGCGAGGGAGCGAACGUGUUUGUGACAUCAAUCUGGCAAAGACACGUCCCACAUUCCAUCCCGACCAAAAUACAGAACUACUCGAAACGAACAAGCUGGACCGUCAUGUCGUUGGUGUUAAUCGUGGGGGCCACUCGGGGCUUGGGCGCCAGCCUGGUCAAGCAACAUGUUGCGCGAGGGAACACGGUGUAUGGCACGAUGAGAUCGACAUCCAGCCCGGAGGGUUUCCCUACUCAGGUGAAGUGGCUUCCGGGGAUCGACUUGAUGGAUCCCCAAGUGGGUGAGAAGCUGGCCGCAUCUUUCGAGGCAGAGCCCCGGCCGCUUGCUGAAUUGAUAAUCUCGGCUGGGCAUUUCUCGACUGAAGAUCUCACCGUGGAGAAAGGACCCAACUGGGAAGAGGAAGUGCGGAUGUACACGACCAGCUCCAUCGCACCCGUGUUCAUCGUGCACUCACUGGUGAAGGCCGGCUUGUUGCAGAAGGGGUCUAAGGUGGUCUUCAUCUCAUCCGAAGCUGGUAGCAUCGGGCUUCGGCACGAGAAGGAGGGUGGCGGCAACUAUGCCCACCACGCCAGCAAGGCGGCACUCAACAUGGCAGGCAAGCUACUUAGCCUGGAUCUCAAGGAGAAGGGGGUGAUUAUCAGUAUUGUGCACCCGGGUUUCAUGCGUACCGAGAUGACCAAGGGCGUCGGGUUCGACAAGUAUUGGGAUGACGGCGGAGCGGUGACACCGGAUGAGGCAGCUGCCAGCUUGAUCGACUGGACGGACAAGCUGGAUAUCAGCAAGUCGGGAGAGUAUUGGGCUCCUCGUGGACCUCGAGAUAUUGGGACGGCCGAAGUCGUCCUUGGAGGGGAUCUAUCGACCCCACUAAAACUUCCCUGGUAAAUCAAGGUCUUGGAGGAUCUCGUUCCUGAGGUUGUAGAUGAAAGCAGUCCAGCAAGAUUCAAUAGUUAAGCCAUUCCAAAGUAGCACCCACAUAGCGCCUCGUGGGGGAGAGUGAAUGCCGUCAUGUGGGACACUCUUGGUAGCGCAAGAAGGUCUCGCGGCACGGAGGGGUCAUCUGGAAAUUGAAGUAAUUUCUCGUAAUUCGACGACCGCGUCUUUUGGCGAAGUCUGGGCGGACCACACCUGAGAGCCAGA